CGCCUACUCACGUCGGGCGCCGCAUCCAGCUGUACGGAAAGCCCAACGUCGACAGCCAGCCCGCCCAGGUGGAAUUUCUCUGGUAUUCGCACGGGCCAAAAGCCAGCUUCGAAAUCCACCCCGGCGCCCUCGCGUCAUGACGCAAGGCGCCAGCCCCGAAGCUGUUCAUCAUGGAACAGCAGUACUCGACCUCUAAGGUUACCGUCGAGUUUUUCGAUCCCCACGACGUGUACAAGCUGCUCGCCCCCGGUCUCGUCCCUCUCCUCCCGCUGCGCAAUCUCCACUGGAAGUCGCAUUCCGGGCCUCCGCGGUCGAUCGACACACUCCACGUCGAGCUUGUGCCAGCCGGCGCCGGUCCAAAAGCACCCAGCGUCCUCACACCCGUCGAUUCGCCCAACCCCAAGCCGACGUUUGACUCAGCCAUCCAUAAUGGUGCCGAUGGCUUUCAAACACAAGCCAUCAGCGGCGGGGCUGGCGGAUCCGCAGACAAUGCCGCUUCGCGCGGGGGCGGCGCGCGGGGACGGCGACACCAGAUCCCUGGACUGCGUCGGACUCCCUAUCUGAAGCUCUUGCUCGUCCGGUGCGACGACAACGACACAUACAAAUCGCAGACGCGCUCCGAGAUUCGCGAAUGGGUGAAGCAGAAUACCUCCAGCUCCAAGAAAACGAGCCACGCCGAGAACCACGACGCCUUCGAAUGGCUCAUUGUUCACGUUGUUAUCCCCAACACGGUUGCUGCCACACAGCCAAGGGUCACAGGGAAGGGCGACUCCGCGUCCGAAGCCAAGGUGACAUCGCGAUGGAGAGGUAGCACCUCGACCUUACUGGAAAAGAUGCUGGCAGACUUCAACAGCUCACCCAAGGGCGCCGUUGAUCGCGUCGCACAAAUCCGCAUCGGCAUCAACGAUGUCCCCUACGACCUCCUCCCUCGAGUUGUGCCCGCUGUCCCGACCGGAUACUCGGAGACCGCCCAGGACAUUGAGAAUGCCUGGGCCGAUUUGAUCGCUAAGAUGAAAGCCUGGAUUCUGUCCUCGUUUGACAUGCGCGUCAGUCAGUACGAGGAAGACAUCAAAGAAAAGGACGCACAGCGUGUUCUCCCCGGCUGGAACUUUUGCACCUUCUUCAUCCUCAAGGAAGGCCUAGCCCGAGGCUUCGAGAGCGUGGGGCUCGUGGAUGACGCCCUGGUUGGUUAUGACGAGCUGAGCGUGGGAUUGGACACCAUUAUCCAGGACCAGGCCUUGUCGGGAUUGGCAGAGGCUCACGGGGGAACCUUGUUGGGCUAUACUGAAGAGCUGAGCCGGAUCGCCCACCGCGCACUGGCGGCCAUUGAAAGCGGCGCUGAUGAUGAAUAUGCCCUGGAAGACGAAAAGCCCGUGGAUUUGCAGUCGGGAAACCCCAACGCUUCCGGCGAUGCCCUAGCUGCAUCGCCCCUCGCGCUCCAUCCUGACGACGGGCACGAUGUGGACAUCCCAAUCACAGUCAGCAAGAAGCCAUAUCGGGAGCUGAUCCUGGCCAACAAUGUGUCGGUGUUUGAUUUUAGGUGCUACAUAUUUGCGAGGCAGAUAGCUCUCCUCUUCCGACUCGGCAAUGCGACAGCAACCCGAGAGGAACUCCUAGCCAAGACCAGGGAGCAGCAACAAUCGCUGUUGCAUGGUGUCGCACCGCGGACCCCCCAUAUUGGCAGCAACAAACCCGCCAACGAGGCUGAGAACCUUUCCAUGCUCGCUGAGGUGUGCCGACGAACUCUCGAGUUUAUACCAUCCGUAUCGCAGGUCAUGCGACGAGACAUUCUUGCCUGUCUCGCCGACCCCAAGCGCCCUGGCGGCGUGGGAGCGGCUGCUGAAUCACCCGACGGGGCCAGGCUGCCGCCAAAAUUAUUGGAGAUUGUCGACAACAUGAUCUCGUCCUUUGCCUUCUCUGUUGCACACCAAAUCCUCGCGCAGACAUCAACCAAGGCCCUCCCUAUACCCGAGUCAACACUUGCCGUAAGCGACGACCCUGAGCCCAAGACCCAGAUCCCGGAGCCGAAAACGACUAUGCAUCCAGCAAGAACAUCCUCACACCAUGCCUCUCCCGGCGCUCGUCCCCCGCCCAGUCCUGGACUAUUUCCAGGCCCAGGCAAGCCGUUCGAUCCUGCCAGCUCUCAGUUUUUGAAGGUCGGCCUAGAAGAUCUUGCCGCUCGAAGGGCAGAGCUUUAUACGCUCUCGAGGAACAUACUGAAAGACUGCGGAAAGAAGCGUGGGUGGACCGAUGGUUGGGACUCUGUUCCGCUGGUUGGAGAGCCUGACAUCAACGAGAUGGAGGAGGUGGAUCUUGAUGACGACAAACCUGAGGAUGGAAAAGACGGCGAAGCUGGCGAGUCAACCGUAACAGCGCUGGAAGAUACAAGUUCCCACUCUCUGGCCGGCGUCGGCAACAGGCUUCUCCGAACUGCGCUUGAUCAGAAGGACGACUUCUAUCGACUGUACGAAACGCUGACGCUCAAAGCGCUUCGUCACUACGCCGUCGCAAGCUAUACGCACUCGGUCAAGGCAAACACGGUGGAUAUGGCCGUGCUCAAAUAUCACUUGCGAGAGUUCGGAGAGGCAACCUCACAUUUUGUCAACGCCAUACCCUUCUUUGCCGAGAGGGGCUGGAGUCUGCUUGAACUAUCAAUGCUCGUCAUGUACUCGACGUGUUUGAAGGAGCUGGAAAAGAGACAGGACUACGUCAAAGUUGUCCUGAAACUCCUCUCCAAGGCUGCCAUGGCUGAGCAUGAUCGUCAAAAACAAAACAAAUCAGCCCGGCGCGCGAGCACACUCAGCUUUCCAGACACUGCCGCAAUCAAGGGCUUCCUUCCUGACGUUAUGCAGACGACGAAGGAUAUGGCGCAAGACAUACCUGUGCCGCUGCGCGACUUCUUUUUCGACAUCGGUGUUGACGGGCCUCCGAGAUACGUUGAAGGACAGGACAGCUUCUCGCUCAGCCUGACGCUAUGCAGCCUCCUCGUGGACGACCUACAGCUUGACGAUGCUAUGAUUAGGAUGACGAGCCUCAGCCCUGGGGGGACCAAAGAGAUAUGGCUAGCCAGCAGAGGGCCCAUCACCCUAAAGCCUGGCAGGAACAAGAUCGAGCUUCACAGUAACAUAUCUGUCCCGGGCACAUACGAAGUGGACCAAGUCAAGCUUCGAUGCAACCGUGUUCUCCUUCACCAUGAACGGCCGCAAAAUACCCUCGAGCCCGACUUCCUUUCCAACACUAAAGUGGUGAUAUUCCAGACGGCUAAGGCACUGGACGUGCAGCUUUCCGCUGCGAAACACAUCCAGUUGGAUACAACCAACUGUCUCGAAGUGAGCCUCUCAACUGGCUGGAACCAUGUGACAAGUUGCGAUCUCCGAGUACGAGCUGCAACAGGUGGACUACGGCUGCUCACUGCCGAAGCCAAACUGUCAGAGCCCACAGAUGAUGGUGCGAUGAAGUCUUUUGGGCCGCCAGAUGGAGGCCUCUUCCACCUGGGCGCCCUGGGAAAAGAUGCAUCCGUGAGGUUACAGUUUCCAUACACAGUGGAACAGGAAGUUCCAACUGUCGCCGUUCGCAUAGAGGUGUUGUAUUGCACCGAGGAGGGGGGACCGACAUUCGAGUUCGUAAAGACACCGUCAGUCGACAUUGCUCUCGCACUUGGGGUUAAUGUUCAGGACGUCUUCAAGCACAAUGCCUUGUUCUCCCGAUUCACCGUAUCAACUGCCAGCUCUAGCCCUCUGCGGUUGUUUGCCAGCGAGCUGAUAGAGUCGGACCUUUUCGCUCCCGAUUUCGGAGGAGUGUCGCCGCCCACCAACAACGCACAUCAGGGAGGCGACGACAGCGAUGCCAUCGUCGUAUUUCCACGCCAGCCAGCCAGCCUUCUGUUCAAAAUCAGCCGAAAGCCUGGUUCAAAGGUCAUCGGGCCUAAAACCCGGAAAACUAUGUAUCUGAAGCUACACUACAGUGUUGCGCAGGAGGAAAUCGAGUCAACCAUCCAGGCUUCCCUGGCGGAAGCAUUUAAAACGCGCACGGAUGCAGGGGACACCGAUUCCCUACAGCCGUAUUCCAGACUGGCUGUCAGCACCGCUCACACACACGUGCGAAGCGGAUCAAUCUCGGCUUAUGAGAUGGAGAGAGCAGUGAUGCUGGGAUCCGUUUCGACUUCGUUCCUCGCAGGCGUUCUCUGGGAGCAGGAGUUUUCGGCUUUGGCGAGCCACGGAAUAGGCAACGGCGGACACGCGCUCGAACUGGCCCAAUUCAUGCGGGCGUGGCAGGAACGGCACCCACAACUAUCGUUAAUUGUGCCGAAGCCAAACACGACGCAACUGCGCUCCAUAUCCAUCCCGGUCGAUGUCCCUUCCAUCACGAUUGUCCACACAGCCGAUAUCCAGCUUGACCGACCCGCAGACCCUGCUACUGGCGUACCGGGGCAUGCCGGCAAGGCCAACGUGGCGGUCAACCAGCUCAUGCCGGCCAUACUGCGCCUGAAAUGGUCUCGGAUUUGGGAUACGGGAGACCCAGACACCGACAUCCCCGGGCCGCCGGCUGCGGAAGACCUCGAGUUCACGUACGAGGUGACGGCGCCACAAGACACGUGGCUGCUUGGCGGACGGCGCAAGGGGAACUUUGUCAUCCCCGGGGUUUCUGAUCCACACAACACGGCGGCGACAGAUGCUUAUGCCGAGGGGGUACUGUCGACGGCCCAGACCGAAGCCGACAUACCCUUGCUGCUAGUUCCGCUGCGGGAAGGAUGGCUGGCUUAUCCAUCUGUCGAGAUUCGCGAGGUUCGAGGAGGGCUGUCGGGCAUCGAGGGCUCCGAGACGAGCCCUGUUGUCACGGAGCACCGGCGACAAAUGACAGUCGAUACGAUUGACCGUGCCGUGCAUUGUGAGACGGACUACAAGAAUCUAGGCGAGACGAUCCACGUUGUGACCAGUCGGCAAAAGGUCACGCUCAGCCUGGACGCCAGCGGGCCAGGAGGGGGACCGUUGGUUCUGGAAAGCAAAUGUUGAGGCGUAUCUAGGCGAACAAAUAAAGCUAACAAGUACUUCUUCCAUGGAAUGCGACUAGUGCAGCCGGUCACAAUGCCCUCCCAUUCUAGUUUCUAGCCUUGCCCAGCUUUGCUCUCAUUUGCUUCGCGGCGACAAGCUCGCGGAACUGGUCUUGCAUGCCAGUAUAUUGCGUCGGGUAGGUCGGGGCAAACAACUUGUCGAACCAGCUCC